UUUCCUAUAUAAAUCUUGCACGAAUCAAGAUAGCACAUACCUCAUCAUUCUGAGGUGUCUGACAGCAGUUUAUAAAAACGGACACUGUUAUUUGAAUAUCCAAGCCUUAACCCGAGUUGGAUCUCAAGAUGUUCUGCAAUCUGGCCUUAACCUUCACAGGAGUUAUCUUCUUCGCAUCGCUGCUCAAUUUGGGCCUAUGCUCGAAGCCGUGGGAUCUUCUCAUCUUCUCUCAGAACUGGCCGACUUCCGUAUGCGACAAAUGGAUGCAAGGAAGAGGUAAUUCGUGCAGACAAUACCCUAACAAUAUAUGGACCGUACAUGGCAUAUGGCCAACCAAAUUGGGAACCGUCGGUCCCGGGUACUGUGACAACAACAAUCCGUUUGAUUCCAACGUGGUGAGGAGCAUUGAGAACGAGAUGGAUUACUACUGGACAUCGAUCCACAUCCAAGGUUCCAAAACAGGGUUCUGGUCCCACGAAUGGAACAAACAUGGAACUUGCGGCACCAGCAUCCCCCAACUGUCCAAUCAAGCUAAGUACUUCAAGCAAGGACUGGAUUGGGCUAAGAAAUACAACAUGGUCGCCAUACUUGGAGCCGCUGGGAUCGUUCCUGGACAAGAAUACACAGUUCAAAACAUUAAUAAUGGUAUCAAGCAAGUCAUCAAAAAGAAUCCUCAAAUCGUCUGUUAUACAAAUAGCAAACGACAAACCUCACUUCUGGAAGUGCGCCUUUGUUUCGACAAGAGCUUGUCCUUGGUGGACUGCGACGGUACCGCUGUUGGCAAAGGCAGUGGUAACUUAUUGACAAACUGCAGGUCUAACAGGGUUCUCUAUCCAAGAGCGAACUAAUAAUUAAUCUAUCAAUGUUCGAAAUAGCCAAUGUAAAUAAACAGAAUAACUUAA